AGGUGCCAGCUGACCGAAUCACGUGAUUUCUUAUUCCUGUGGCACAGAGAAGAUUUAGUUCUCUUUAAAAGCCACUGAAUAGUGGAACGGGGUGAAUACCUUUCAGAUUUUUUCAUGGCGUGGUCUAGGUAUCAGUUGGGUUUGGUAGCGAUGAUGCUCGUUACUGGGACCAUUAACACACUGUCGGCCAAAUGGGCUGAUGACUUCACUGCUGAGGGUUGCCAUGGAUCAGUGAAACACAAGUUCAAUCACCCUUUCCUUCAGGCAGUGGGAAUGUUCCUUGGGGAAGCCUACUGUUUGGCUGUUUUCUAUCUAGUUGCAUGCUAUGAUCGACGAAAACUAGAACCACAAAUGACUUCUGUCAGAAAGUUCAACUCUUUCAUUUUCCUGCCACCUGCUCUGUGUGAUAUGCUGGCCACUAGCAUUAUGUACAUUGCCUUAAGCUUGACCAGUGCAUCCAGUUUCCAGAUGCUGCGAGGAGCUGUGAUCAUCUUUACUGGGCUGCUCUCUGUUGCCUUCUUAGGCCGCCAAUUAAAAGUCAGCCAGUGGUUAGGAAUUGCCAUCACCAUCUGUGGACUUGUCAUCGUAGGUUUGGCAGACUUUAUCAGUGGAGAGAGUGACCAAGGGCACCACUUGUCUCAGGUUAUAACAGGUGACGUCCUUAUUAUCAUAGCACAAAUAAUUGUUGCUAUUCAGGUGGUGCUAGAGGAAAAACUUAUUUAUAAACAUGAUGUGCACCCACUUCAAGCUGUGGGCACAGAGGGUAUUUUUGGAUUCGUCAUCCUAACUCUGCUGUUGAUUCCAAUGUACUAUAUCCCAGUAGGGGAAUUUGGUGGCAACCCCAGAGGUGUUCUUGAAGAUGCACUUGAUGCUUUCUGCCAAAUUGGGAUGAAGCCAUUAAUCUUUCUGGCCCUCUUUGGAAAUAUUUUGAGCAUUGCAUUCUUCAACUUUGCUGGUAUUAGUGUGACAAAGGAAAUCAGUGCAACCACUCGCAUGGUUCUGGACAGUCUACGGACCAUAGUAAUCUGGAUAGUGAGCCUUGCAGUGGGUUGGGAACAAUUCCAUGGUCUCCAAAUCUUGGGCUUUUUAAUCUUACUGGCAGGUGCAGUUCUCUACAAUGGGUUCCAUAAGCUAGUCCUAGCAAAGCUUCAAUGUAACCAGAAGCCUGAAAGGGAAGAAUUAUUAACUGAAACCAAAGACUCCAUAAACUCCAGUCCAUAAAAAUUAAAUGGAUUAAAGUUUAGGAGAAUGUUGCUUUCAAACAAUGACCAAAGGAGGUUAACUUUUCAUAACAUAAUCAGUAGUUUUUAAAAUUUACACUUGAGGAAUAAAAAGAUACCCGAAUGAUUGGUUACAGAGUGGAACUUCAUGCCACUUUGUAAUGUGAUCUACAUUAUAUGUUGGGAAAGAUGCAUUAAGUGACUUGCUAUUCUUCAGAACUGCAGGCAAGGCAGUUGAAGUAAAUGCCUUGUAAGAGGUCUGAAACAUCUAGCUUGGUUGGGUGCAUGAUCCAGAUGUGCUACUAUAAUCUUCACUGGAGUAAUGACCAGUAAGCCCACGUUAAGAGGAAAAUGAGUGGACUUUGUGCUCCCUUUUGAUGUAUUAUUGGUGAAACCCCAGAUUCUGUCCAUUGCAGAUCCUUGUGAUUGUUGCCAGUGCCAUAGUUUUUAAUUUUGGUUUCUACCAAGAGCAAAUGAAGUGGGCAGACUGACCCUACUCCUUUACCCAGCUUUGUUGUACCUGAAUCUACUAUUAGUGCAGUUCUAGGAGUGCUAGUAUUUUGGUGGGGAGCCUCUGGAAAUUCAAGCAUUAAUGAAAACCCAAUACAAUAAUUCUCCCUCAUUAUCUGUUUGCCAUUAUCUGAACUGCCUUUUUCCCAGAAGAAUGAACAUUUAUCUCGAACUGAUUUACAGACUAGGUACUACUUGAAUCAUUCAAAUUGCUGUUGUAUUGAUUUUUAAAAUGGUAACCAGUGCUAUGUGCUAUUUGCAAUUUAAAUUGACUUUAUUGUACAUUGAAUUAUUUUUGCUGAUCAAUGGGAGAAAUUUAUAAAAGUAUGCAUAUAAUUAUAGAGGUUACUGCUUUCCUGUAAAACUACAUUUUUGUAAUAGAAUGUUAAAUGUGACCUUUUUAAAUCUAUAAAUACAACUCUUGACUGCAGCACAUUGUCAUUUGUACAAUAUUGUGAAUGUAAUUGGGACCACCUUCCUCAAGUUGCUUGGUUUUUAUUUGAUCACUAAAAUGAGGUUG